AUUGUUUAAUCGUUAAUGUUUACAACUGUUAAAAUGUAAAUUUAAGGAAGUUGUAUACUAUUUUUGGACUAUUAACUGUUUGAAAUUAGAUUCCUUUCAACGAUUAAAUUUAAUAACUACUUAGGUUAAUGCUUUGUAGGUAUAUAUUUUGUAUGAAAACGCCAAACUAUAUUUCUAGGAGAUUUCUAGUUAAGUUAGUUUAUGUACAGCAGAUUUUUAAAUUAUAUAAAUGUGUUAAUAUAUCUGAAACGUCUAAUAUACGUACGUUUUAAUAUUUCAUUUCCGUGAUUACUCUUCAAAAAUGUUUAUCGUUGGAUUAACCGGUGGAUUAGCCACUGGGAAGAGUACGGUCCUUUCAAUUUUUCGUGACAAUGGAAUAGCUGUUAUAGAUGCAGAUGAAGUAGCCAGAAAAGUCUUGGAACCAGGCACAAGUGCGUGGAAGGAAGUAAAAAGUUAUUUUGGUGGAAAUGUGUUAUAUCCUGAUGGAAAAGUCAACAGGUUAAUACUAGGAGAAUUGAUAUUUGAUGAUAUAGAGAAGCGACGGAAACUAAAUGCCAUAACUCACCCAAGAAUUCAAAGAGCCAUGAUGAUUAUGGCAUUAAAGUUUUUUUUUUCUGGGCACAAGUAUGUAGUUAUGGAGGUUCCAUUACUCUUUGAAACGGGAAAAAUGUUGAACUAUAUGCACAAAAUUAUAACUGUAAUAUGUGAAGAUCAUCAACAAUUAGAGCGGCUGUGCAAACGCAAUGACUUCUCGGAAAAAGUUGCCAUAAAGAGAAUAAAUACUCAAAUGCCAUUGGAACAGAAAGUAGCCAAUUCUCAUUUUGUUAUAAAUAACUCUGGUGAUAUUGAAAACACAAGAACUCAAACCCUAAGCAUAAUAAAAGUGUUAAGCCGAUCCAAGUUUACUUGGUACUUCCGAGCAAUUUUUGGUAUAGCUGUUUUAUCUAUUAUGUUUGGUAUAACCCAUUUAGUUUAUAACUUAUUUUAUAAUAAAACUUCCAUUAUUUAAAAUAUAA